AUGGUAAUGAAAAACUUUAACAUUUCCAUAGCGCGACCAUCGACAUUUAAUAGGCAAAAUCUGUCGCUCGCGACUUUGCCAGUCGAAGUCAUUUAUCGUAUUCUGGACAAUCUAGAUAUACCAACAAUUUUAAUCUCAUUUCGUAAUAUAUGUACAAGACUCAACGGCAUCAUUGACGAUUACCAUAGAUUUAAAACAUGUACAAAGUUGGAUUUUACGCAUGACAAAUUUGAUGAACGAAGUCUUCAUGAUCUGAUCCGUGGACUGGAAAACAAUCGUACGUUAAAAGAACUGCAUCUUCGUUGUAAGAAAAUCGAUGACCGGAAAACAUCUUGUCUAAGCAAUGCAUUGCAGAAGAACACGGUAUUAAUAAGCUUGAUUUUAUCGAAUAAUUUGAUUCGAAGUGAAGGUGCUCAAUAUAUUGCGGAUCUUUUAAACAAAAAUAAAACACUCAAAAAACUUGAUCUCGGAUGGAAUAGUAUUGGUUGUGACGGUGUGUUCUACAUUGCAAAUGCAUUACGUGCCAAUCAUAUACUGACAGAGUUAUAUCUCGAAAUCAAUAACAUUGGAAAUCAGGGUGUAGAAUAUGUUUCAGAUGCUCUCCGAAAUAAUACAACACUGAUACGACUUGUUCUUUCCAAUAAUAACAUCGAUAAUGAAGGUGCGCAAUCUUUGGCAGAUAUGCUCGAGCAAAAUCAGAGUUUGACGACGCUGAUUCUAUCAGAGAACAAAAUCGAUUCUAACGGAGUGAAGUACUUAGCAAAUGCAUUGUACCAUAACGACGCUUUGACUAUAUUGAAUCUUCGAUUGAAUCGGAUCGAUUCGAUUGGAGCACAGUACUUUGCAGAUGCUUUAAUUCGAAACAAGACGUUGAUUGAACUUCAUCUCGGAUGGAAUCAAAUUGACAAUCAAGGAGCAGAAGCUUUCGCGAAUAUGCUGAACUAUAAUCAAACGUUGGGUGUUUUACAUCUUGGAUACAACAAAAUUGAUUGUCAAGGUCGACAACAACUUACUGAUGCUAUAUUGAAAGCUCAGUCAUUGGUCGACCUUCAUUAG